CGCAAUCACCAACGAGCCACAACAACAAAAACAACAACAGAACUCAGCUGUUCGGCAGCUAGCUAGCUAACUAGCCGGCCUGGUUACUGUUAUUACUGUUCCUUGCAGCUUUAUUUAAAUUUGGGAUUUGUAUCAGUUGCUUUACAGCUACUAAUACGUUCGGAUACAACGAAAGUUAUUUACAACCCGCAUCAAUGCGCUGCCAUUAGGUUCAUUUUAAACUCCUUUGUCUCAUGUGUGCUAACGUUAGCUAGCUUCUAGCAGGUUAGCCUUUUAACUGAGGACAGGGGGGAGCCCGUUCAACCAAAAGACUAUCCCAGACCAGACAUGUUUAUGGCAAAGCCAGACCACAAGACCACCCGGUGGAGAUUCUGACCUCCACCAAUGACCGCCAGUAUUAUUUUCAUCAUCUGUCGUCAUGUCGCCGCCAAAGAGACCCCUGGUCCCUGUGAGCAGCCGGCGGAAAGCAGUGGACGACUACUUCCCUUUCAACUUGCUGCCCGUGGAGUGUCAGCUGCACAUCCUGUCCUUUUUGAACGAGGUGGAUAAGUGCAGCUGUGCUUUGGUCUGCGUGAGCUGGAGCUGCAUCGUCCGCUCAUGGAAGCUGUGGCGGGUGGCGGACUAUUCCCGCCGCGGCGUCUUCCACCUGGGCCGGGAAGGGCUGCUGGUUUCCAACCGGGAGUUUGAGAGGUGGAAGUCCUGGGUGCACCAUUACACCCAUCACCUGAUCUCGCGGCGGGCCAGCCUGCUCACGCUGAAGGCCAGCUUCGACCUGGGCGACCGCUGCAAUAAGUGGUGCGAACUGCUGAGUCACCUGCUGGACAACGUCCACUGCAGAGACCUUAGUCACCUGGACCUCAACUGGACCUUCACUCUGCUGGAGCCGCUGGACCUCAGGGUCAACUCAGGCUCCAGCUCGCACCAGGACAGCAUUACCAAGAUGGACCAGGUGACCAGUUUCCAGGAACUGCUGACCAAACUGACCCACAGCUGCCCGCGCAUCUCCAAGAUGCGGUUACACUUUGACUGGUCGGAUGUGUCCGUGUCGCUGCUCAACCAGUUCCAGCAGCUGCGAGUCCUGGAGCUCAAAUACUUCUGGGUCUUUAAAGGAGUGACUCCCACGACGCUGCAGGCCCUAACCAAAUCCCUGCCUAACCUGAAGUCUCUGACUCUACAAAUCCUGGUUCCGCUGAGGAACCUGGGCAUCUCGUACACUCUGGAGUCCCAGUCUCUGGAGUUCCUGGACGUGUCGCCCAGCCGAGGCUUGGUCUUCUCCUGUCUGAAGCUGCCGGCCCUGCGCGAGCUCAGAGCCAAGAAGAUCGUCCGCGGCAUCACACUGGACCGGAGGACCAGGCUACGGAUCCAAAGCCGCUGGCCCUGUCUGUACCACGUCCUCCGGGCGGGGACGCCCAAGCUCCAGGCCCUCAACAAUGAGAGGCUACUCCCCACGUGGAGAGAGGAGAGCUAUGGGGAGCUGUCUGCCAUCCUGGAACAGUCCUGUUACUGUGUUCAGCAUCUAGACAGCUGGCUUUGGUAGACAACUGCAGGGUUUCCACCCCAAAAAAAGAAAGUUGUUUAGCCAGGUGGCAUGAGUCUUUAUUCGACGAGGGCCCGACUGGUGCCAGUCCCAGACUGAUGGCAGCAUUAAUGUAGAGCCCAACAGUUUCUGGAUAACAAAAUCAUGGAUGGAAUCGCGAAAUUGAGAAUUUAAAAAAGCUAUAAGACAGAUUCCAUAGGGCCCUUCAAUAAGUCAGUGCUAAAAGCUAACUGGAGAUUUGAAAAUAUGACUACGUCUAAGUUUCCAACCAAGCCACCCCACCGUAACUGUAGUUUAAAAAAACAUCUUAAAAUACAUUUAAAAAAAAAAAAACAUUCCUAGUGGCAUAGGCCUGGUGGGGGGCAACUUAGGCCCGGUGGGCCACCAGGCUUGCAACACACUGGGGGAAACCCUGACUGUGUGACUUGAAAUUACGUACCAUCCAUUGGUGGUUGUUUACGCGUUGUUAUGGAGCCCACUGCAGUUCUAGGAAAGACCCGCCCUUCAAUAGCAUUCACGCGCUACAAUUGGCCAAGCGUCCACGCUCGCGCAAAGUAACGGAACCCGAUUUGUUCAGGUCCUAUCCCCUGACCAAUCGGCUAUCCUAACCUUAACUACUGGAAGUCAAUGCCUAACCUCAACCAAUCAGCCUGCUUCAUAGGGCGGGACUUGCCUGGAACUGCAGUGGGAUCCAUAAAAACGCAUCUUUUACACACACAAUGUGUGUCCCUUUUUAAACAAACUGUUCUCAGAGGGACACAUAGUUGCACACAAGAAAAACACGUUUUCAAGUGAAAUCAAAGGACUGCAAGCUGCUACAAGCUGCUGUUUCCCAAGACAAUGAUACAUAGCGUGUCUACAACUGUUUUAUUUAGUUUGCCCAUCAUCUCCCAAAAACUAAAGGUGCUUCAGGCUGAUUGCACUGUUGACACCAUUAACUACAACUCUACCUAAGCUAAGUGUCCAUGUAUUGUGAAAAAGACGAGCAGAAGACAGAGUGUAAUGGCGACUUAGAGAUGUGGAGAAUGCCUUUUAAACGUUUGCCCGUUCGAAGAAAAAACUAUGAUGGAACAAUAUUCUGCACCGUUUCCUUCUGACAGCUGAGAAAUGGAAUCAGUGUUUUUGCAGUUAUCUUUCUAAUCAGUAGAGGUCCUUAUUGUCAAAGAUUUGGCCAUGGAGACUUCUCUCCGAAAGGUCUUUCAACAGAAACAUGUGCACUAGUGUAACAUUGUCUCUUACACCAAUGGAUUCUGAUCAUUUCACUCCAGUACCUGUGCUCAUGUGUUGUACGAGUAGCAGAUGUGUGCUUGAGGGUAUUUAUGCUCUUCAGAAUAAAUCAAUGUAUACGUGAGA